AGCACCGGCUGGCGGCUGCCUCAUUCGCGCGUGUGGUGAUUGGCUCAGCUUCCGAAUAUGAAUGCAUGCAUGCAUGCAUGCUGAGUGCUUAACUUGCUUCUUGUAAUUAGUUCUUUAGUAAUAGAUGACAGCCAGCAAGCAGCUGCAUGCCCCGGUGCGCUGGUCCGCCCAACAUUUCGGCCAAACUGAAAAACGCUAAUUACCUUACCAAUCGGUCUGGAGGGAGUAGUAAGUACUAGCUUAUUAUGCGCGCGCCUCGGCUAUAAAUACCAGCUGCUGCCAUCCUUCGUCCCUCAGAUCAGAAUCAGACCAACACAGCCGCAGGCAGCAGCUACACUACUUGCUUGCUUUGCUUGUAACUACCCACAGCUACUUGCAUUGGCCUGCGUUAGCGUUAUGGCAAACAACAAGCUCCCCGCCCUUCCCCUCGCCGCCGUCCUCCUGGCGCUCGCCGCGUCCUCACUCGCCGGCGACCCCGACAUGCUCCAGGACAUCUGCGUCGCCGACUACAAGUCCCUCAACGGCCCUCUGAGGCUGAACGGGUUCCCGUGCAAGAGGCUGGAGAACGUGACGGCCGACGACUUCUUCUCCGGCCUGCUCGCGAUCCCCGGCGACACGGGCAACGCGGCGGGGUCGGCGGUGACGGUGGCGAACGUGGAGAGGCUCCCGGGGCUCAACACCCUGGGCGUGUCCAUGGCGCGGAUCGACUUCGCGCCGUGGGGCGUCAACCCGCCGCACACGCACCCGCGCGCCACCGAGGUCAUCUUCGUGCUCCAGGGCUCCCUCGACGUGGGGUUCGUCACCACCGCCAACAGGCUCUACGCCCGCACCGUCUGCAGGGGCGAGGUCUUCGUCUUCCCGCGCGGCCUCGUCCACUACCAGAGGAACAACGGCGGCACCCCCGCCGCGGUCAUGUCGGCAUUCAACAGCCAGCUGCCGGGCACGCAGGCCGUCGUCCAGACCCUCUUCGGUGCCUCGCCUGCAGUGCCCACCGACGUGCUGGCCAGGGCGUUCCAGAUCGACGGCGGCCUCGUGGAGGCCAUCAAGUCCAAGUUCCCGCCCAAGUAAGCACCGCACGCGGGGCGUACAUGAUAUGCUGCCAUGAAUUGAAUGAAAUUGGUGGUCCAUGUCAUUCGAUACCAUUACGGGUUUCGUUUGAUGCGCUAGCCAGCAGUACAUCAUCACGGUGUAUGCUACGUUGGGUUGUUUCGUGUGGUCAUGCAUGGCCUCAACACUUCACUGUUGCUGCUUUUCAUCUUUGGCGUAAACCAUUUGUGUAAUUAAGAUGGUAUGUAUAUGUCACCGCCGGCAUUGUCUCUAUUAUAGAUGCAUGCUUCUUUUGGCACAGCUCA